AUGGAGGCCGAGCCAACCCCGGACUUGUCGAUGCUUCGAGAGCUGCUGGCGCCGCCCUGUCUGGACCCCGAACCGCCCCCGGAACUCGCCACCCAGCAGGCACCAAGGACCCCAGGAUGCCUCAGACCCAGUGGCAGAUCCUUCUGGCCUGCACACCAGGACUCGGUCACCGCCCUUCACUUCCUCCAAGAGACAGCAGAGGGGCUGGCCCAGCCCGCCACCUGGGACACUCAGGCCCUAGGGCCCUGCUGGGAGCCGAAGGCCCUGGAGACUCUGGGAGCCCUACCUCUGGCCAAGGAUACCAAGAACAUGCUGACCCCAAUCAGCCAGCAGAGCCGCAGCCUGGGGCCCCGAGUGGCUCCCCCGGCCUCUUCAGCCCAGCCACAGAGGAGACCCCGGAAGCAGUCGAACCCCCAGCGGAGCGCCGAGAAAGUGGACCCCCAGUUCGAGGGGGUGACCCUGAAGUUUCAGAUAAAGCCAGAUUCCAGCCUACAGAUCAUACCCACCUACAGCCUGGCCUGCAGCACCCGCUCUCAGGGUCCCCCACCAGGCCCUGCCAGAGUCCCAGAGGCCAACGCAAGAGGCAGCGAGGGUCUGGGGCCCCGACGCUGUGCUUCCUGUAGGACCCAGAGGACCCCACUCUGGAGAGAUGCAGAAGAUGGGACCCCCCUCUGCAACGCCUGUGGUAUCAGGUACAAGAAAUAUGGCACCCGCUGCUCUAGCUGCUGGCUGGUGCCCAGGAAAAGUGUCCAGCCCAAGAGGCUGUGUGGCAGAUGUGGGGUGUUGCUGGGUCCCCACCCAGUCCCACCUCAGGAAGGGUAAGCCUUUCCUCACCCAGCCGAGCCUGUCCUGCCUCAGUUUCUCCAGGGGAAGAACGGGCUGAAGGCCUCCUAGGGGAAAGAAUUGGGUCUUGAGGGGUGCAGCCUGCCUCCUCUCUGCCCCCUCCCCAUUCAGAGACGCCAGGUGGAAGACCCAGGCCUCAGGCCCCAGAGCUCCUGGCUCACGGGGUCACUGGCCCCCUCCUUGGCCCCUGCUUCAGCCAGGCUUGGCUGGGCACCUCACCCCCUCAGGAAAUGCUCAUGGCUGUGAAACUCAUAUUGUUAAUAGCAGUGACAAUAAAGAGCAAAACUUCUCA